UUCAACGUGUGGUAGUGGCGAACGGUCGUGCGCUACGAAAAAUCACGCAAAAUGCCGCUCGCAAAGGAUCUUCUGAACCCCAGCCCGCUUGAGGAGAAGCGCAAAUGCAAGCUUAAACGUCUUGUACAAUCCCCAAACUCGUUCUUUAUGGACGUCAAGUGCCCCGGCUGUUAUCGAAUCACCACCGUGUUCUCACACCCCCAGACCGUGGUGCUGUGUUCCGGCUGCUCGUCCAUGCUUUGCCAGCCGACGGGAGGUAAAGCACAUCUCAUCGAGGGAUGCUCGUUUAGACGAAAGCAGCAUUAAGAUGGCGAUAAUGGAGUUUUUAUGAAGGAAAAUGCGGUGACGAUCUCGAAGGACGGACAGUGGUUGGCAGAAAGUCGACAAACCGCAGACGAAGACCUGAGAACGCAUUAAAGACGACCUGAACGUGGUGCGGAGAGCGAGCAUCGAUCGCAGUUCGCCGCUGGGGACUACAACUGCAUUAGGCCAAUUACAUCGGCGUAGAGCAACAUGCAAUAUCUGUUGUUGCUGCUGCUUUGCGAAUGGACGAGAAAUAAAUGGUUUUCGUCUUAAUUUCGUGAUAAA